AUGAAAAUUUUCAUCGUAGCACUUGGGAUUGUCUAUCCAGUGCAUGGGAUUAGUUGUUAUUCCUGUACAUUUAACUUCAACGAUGUCUAUGACAGUGAAGAUGGAUGGUGUGCCAAUGAUACUCUUCUAGAGAAGCCCAAAAACCAGGUUAUCAGACCUUGUGCACCCUGGGAGAAGGAAUGCAUUGUGAGUAACGCCGUUUCCAAAAUUAUUUUCCCAGACUACCGUAACCACAACUCUCAAUUCUUUUACCUCCAUCACUCGGGGAUGUGCUGUCCAAUGUCCGGAACUGUGUGAUUCAGAUGGAUAUGGCCAACAUCAGGUCACAUGUGCCAAAUGUUGCAAACACAGCAGUUGUAACAAUGAUACCGGAGUCACUUACUAUUUGGGGGUAAUGGAAAAACAGUACACUUUCUGGACAAAAGCUUUACCAGAUGAGAUCAAAUUUAACAGAGAAAACAAGAUUAAAUUCCCCUAUUGA